AUGAGCAGCAACGAAGAUGAGGCCGCCGCGUCUCGAGCAGAACACAACCGGGCAGCUCAGCAAUUUAAAACAAAGAGAAACCUUCUCGUUGAACAAGUCCGCGCUACCCGGGACGCCUUCAGGCUUUUGACAGACGAAACGGUCGAGCAUCACAGAGCCAGGUGUGAUAAACUCAAGAUCCUACAGGCGAGAUUCGAAGAAUUUCAAGAUCAAGCAAUAGAGAUGAACAGCCUCCUGUGCAGCAACAACCAGAUAGAGCUAUCGCAGGCACAGGCUGAUUUCGACCGCAUCCACAACGAAGCCGCAGCAGUUUUUCUAUCCAAAGUUCUCAAAGCUACCCGAGAAACGACCUUCAUGAACAACACCUCAUUUUCCACCACCUUCAUCAGGCUCCCCAAACUGGAACUGCCCAAGUUCAGUGGAGAUCUGGGAAACUGGAGGACUUGGCACAAUCUGUACAAAGCCUCCGUGCAUACCAGCCCGUCCUUGCUAGGCGUGCAAAAGUUUCAGUACCUAAUAGGUAGUCUGAAAGGUGAUGCUCUCGCCCUGGUCACAGGACUUGACAUCACCGCGGAAAACUAUGAGGUCGCUUGGAAGCUCCUAUGCGAUCGUUACCAUUCUGAACGUCGUCACGUCUUCUUCCACUUUCAUGGGCUGCUGGACCUGCCGGACGUCAAACAUUCAGAACAAAUUCCCCCGCUCAUAACCAAGAUUAGAGAGCACUCUCAGGCUCUCCAAGCCCUAGGUCAUGCUCCGGAUACCUACGCCGGACUCCUGACGGCUCACAUCAUCAGGAAGCUGUCAUACCGCUUGAGACAGCGACUCGAAGACUAUAGAGGCGCCGACUCAACCUACCCCAAACUUGAAGAAUUAAUGGAAUUCCUCGAAAAAGAGCGACGCGGCUCGGAGGACACCCUGUCCAACCGCAAGGAGACCAGGACACUGGUCACCUCCCAGCCCAAAAAUGCUGGAGGAAAACCGUGGAAAUCCAAGCCCAGUGGAGAAACUGUACUCACAGCAACCUCCACUCCCGAAGAUGAACCAGACAAAUCUUCAUCCUCCCAUCAAAAGGACCCGCAGUGUCCGCUAUGCCUCACCACACACCGAUUGCGGCUAUGCCCUACCUUCCAGGCCAAAAGUGCGGCGGACAGACGCUCGUACAUCGAAGCAAGCAACAGAUGCUUCAACUGCCUUGGCCUGCACAAAGUCUCUCAAUGCAGCAACACUGGAACUUGCUCCGAAUGCGGUAGGAAGCACAACACCAUGCUGCACGAAGAGAAUCCUCCCACCAAGAAAGCUCUCACUGCAUCGCUCGUUCACCCCCAUAAUGCCUCGUAG